CAGCAAGCCCACCCUGAGCUCACUCUGGGAACGACGGUCCCUACAGCAUAGAUCCGCCUGAGCCACAGAGCUGGAGGCACCAGGGCACCGGCUGCUCCUCUGCCACCCACCUGGACACACCUUCAGCCUUCCACUGCAGCCGCUCACCGUCCACAAUGGCCGAGGUGACCACGGUCCCCGCUGAGACGCCGGAUCCCUUUAACGAGUUCGGGGACUACCACAACUGGACCCAGCUGCUCCAAUACCUGAACUACACCUUCACCUUCUGCGACACCCACCUGGACGAGAACAUCAAGCGGGUGAUGCUCUUCGUCCUCUACUUGGUCAUCUUCGUGGUGGGACUGGUGGAAAACAUCCUCGUCAUCUGGGUCAACUGGCACACCUGGGGCAACAAAAACCUGGUCAACCUCUACAUCCUGAACAUGGCCAUCGCCGACUUAGGGGUGCUGUUAUCUCUGCCCAUCUGGAUGCUGGAGGCCAUGCUCGACUACACCUGGCUCUGGGGCAGCUUCCUGUGCCGCUUCACCCACUACUUCUACUUCGCCAACAUGUACAGCAGCAUCUUCUUCCUGAGCGGCCUCAGCGUGGACCGCUACGUCUCCCUGACGACGUCAUCCCGCUUCUGGCGGCAGCAUCAGCACCGGGCACGCCGCCUCCUCUGCUUCGGCAUCUGGAUCUUGGCCGCCCUCCUCCCCUUCCUGGAGGUGGCCCACACACAGCUGGUGGACUCGGUGGAGCCCAUGUGCAUCUUCCUGGCCCCCUUCGAGACCUAUGAUGAGUGGGCCCUGGGCAUCAGCUUAGCCACCACCAUCAUUGGGUUCCUCAUCCCCUUCUCCAUCAUCGCUGUCUUUAACAUACUGACAGCCAUGUACAUCAAGCACUCCAAGCCGGAAAGCAGGAAGCACUGCCUCCUGAUCUACGCCUACAUCGUCGUGUUCCUAGUAUGCUGGCUGCCCUACCACGUCACCCUGACCCUCCUGACCCUCGACGGCAGCCACUUCAUUUACAGCUGCAACGUUGCCAACUUCCUCUACUUCUUCUACGACAUCAUCGACUGUUUCAGCAUGUUCCACUGCGUGGCCAACCCCAUCCUCUACAACUUUCUGAGCAAGAACUUCCGCAGCAAACUCAUCUCGGCGGUGGUGAAGUACAUCCCCAAAGACCAAAUCAACCAGAAAGGCGGGGACCGUUCCUCUUCCAGCACCCAGCACUCUAUAGUCAUUACCAAAGACAACAUCCCACCUAAUUAAACAUCCACCGGGCUCUCCAUACAUUGCUGGCAGCUGGUCCCAGGGGUGGCCGGCUUCCUAAAUCAGACCCCCAAAAGAUUUCUUCCCCUGGCAAUAAGGCAAGACACUUUGCUUUCCGAUGGCAUUUUCUCCUUGCCACCCACGGCUCUGAUAGCUUGGAGGGACGGUAGAAAUGAGAUGCUGUGGGGAGCGGCCGAUAUUUUGCCUCUGACGUGCUGCUGUAUCAAAUCUAUUUAGCUAAAGAAACAGAGAGGAAGAGAUGUUCUGUUUUUCAAAGAAAUGCUCAUUGGUUUAUUACUAUCGAUUAUUCUGGCUACCCCGGGACCUCAACGCAAAUCCGGCUGCUUUGCUCUCCAGCUCCAGCUAAGCAGGAGUUGGAACGAGCAAUGUUUUGCCACCAGCUCUUCCGCGACGCCUGCCUUUUGCUUGCCGAUGUGCUCCGGGUAUCCCACACCGGGAAGAGACCAGGCGUUAAGCUGCCUCUUCCGCUGAACGAUCUAGGUCAGAAAAAAGGGGUGGAAUUCUUUUCCUUCGGCGCACAAAUUGAUCGAGUCGCAGCACCCGGCGAGAGAGACGAGAGGCUGACCUCGCAAGGUGAAGCCAAAGGGAGUGGGAGCCACGGAGCAGGGUGGAGCCUUCACUAGGGAAAGAGCAUGUCAGCGCCAAUAGGAAACGGCUUUUGGAGAGCAAUAUCGCAACCACAGAGGGAAAGAAGCAGGGAGGAAUCAGGCCGCAGUCCACUGUACAGACGUGUUCCCCUAAGGCUUUGUCUACAUUACCACUUUUGUUGGUCAGAGGUGUGAAAAAAAACACACACCCCCCGACCGACAUACAUUUCCCCGACAAAAGUGCUGGUGUGGACAGCGCCGGGUUGGCAGGAGAGCUCUGCUUCCGACAUCGCUAACGCCCCUCGUUGGGGGUGGUUUAACGAGGCCGGCAGGAGAGCUCUGUUCAGCCCUGAGUGAAUUCCGCUAAAGCACGUGGGGAGGGGAAGGCGUGAAGGUAACUGGGAAUUAAUAAAUCACAAAGAACCAACUGAUCCACGGCCUUGGCCGGUUACAAAUACAGAAAAGCAAAUUGGACAGGAUCUGGGGAAAGGGUGCUGAGGGCAAGGAAAGGAGAGGCGGAUGGCGGGAUGUUCCCAGAGCCAAAGCCGUCCCUUGGGUAUGGCGAAUCGGGGUGACCGCUCUGGGCCCCGCGCUUUGGGGGGCCUUGUGCUUCAGUGGGCAUGUGUCGUGCGGGGGACGCCAGGCCAGCCCGGGGGGUGUGGUUAGGGGCUCGGGGGGCUUGGUGCCAGCAGCGGGGGUCGGACCCACAUUCACUGGCUGGGAGCGCGCGGUGCAUUUCUUUUUCUUGCUCGGCAUCAUGGGGCUUGGGCUCAGCCUCUGGCCGCGGCAACCCCAGCCUGCCUCGCCGGCUCCCGGUGUCGCCC